AUGAUGUCAGCUUCCAAAGUGUCAACUACGCCUGUUACCAUGACAAGAGUCUCAACAUCUGAAACCUCAGGGACAGCCUCCUGUCCUAGUACCAAGACAACUGAGCCAACCACAUCUGUGUUCACAUUUGCAGAGCCAAUCUCUGUAAAGUCGGAGCUCAGUGAAAGGUAUAAAUAUGGAGUGCUCCUUGACCGUUUAGGAGGUAAACCACUCACCCUCGCUACCAGUUUUCUCCGUCAUCCCACACCUUACACCAAGGCUGUUGAAGCAUUGAAGGAGAAUUAUGGGCAAUAUCAUAACCUAGCUAGAGGCGAGAUCAAUCGCAUAUUGACUCUCCCCACUAUCAAACCUGGUGAUUACGAAGCUUUUGACAACUUCGCCUUAUCAAUUCAGUCCCUUGUCGGAUUGUUGACAUCUGUAGAUGGUAAUGACUGCUAUGAGCUGAAAACUGCCUCACAUGUUGACACACUUCUUAAGAAGUUGCCAGGCUCCUUACGUGACAACUUUGUCGAGUACUGUUUGAAUAAAGGGGUGAUCAGUAAUACCAAAAACUAUGAUCUUGUAUCCUUUUCACAGUGGUUGAAUGUCAAGUCAAGGGCAAGAAGGAUUGCAGCUCAUGCAGUUGCCGACAAGACAAACACCACUAAGUCAGAUUCAAAAACAAAACAAGCUACAGCUAUGCUCAACACACCUACCGGGUACAAAACUCCGAGUACGUCUUACCAAUCUUACUGUGCCUAUUGUAACAGCAAGGACCAUCACGUGAAUGCAUGUGAAAGUUUCCACAAGUUGGAAACAAGGGAUGUACUUCAAUGGAUAAAGGACAAAAACAGGUGCAUCCGUUGUGGCAGAAAUCAUAAAGAGCAAGACUGCAACCUUAAGAAACCAUGCCGAGAGUGCAAAGGUCGACAUCUAACCAUACUUCAUGCUAUCAAUAAACUGAACAAUAUUACUGUGAAGAAGACAACUUCAUUCUAUCUAGACAAUCCCAACAAUGUGAUGUUGAAAAUUGUUCCUGUAACAUUACAUGGCAAAUGUGACAUUGAAACUUUUGCCUUGCUGGAUGAUGGGUCAAUGCGAAGCAUGAUCUUGUCAUCUGCGGUGAAUGACCUUGAACUGUCAAUAAAACCUGACUCCAUAUUGUUGACAACGAUCCAAUCUGAACCUUUUCCUUGUGAUGGUCAUAGAGUGAACCUCUCUAUUUCAUCCCCCUUUGAUCCAGAUACAAAGCAUGAAAUCAAAAAUGUGUUCACCUCUGAACAAAUGAACCUGUCCAACUAUACAUAUCCUGUCAAAGACAUUCAGGAAAUAUAUCCUCACCUAAAGAACCUGCCUCUACCAGCCAUCAGUGAUGCCAAGCCUCUAAUCUUGAUAGGAUCAGAUAAUGCUGACUUGAUAUUGCCCUUGCAACCAGUCAGAGCUGGACCUCAAGGAACUCCAGUGGCCAUCUACACAAGACUAGGGUGGUCACUGCAGGGACCAUGUGCCUUUGAACCUAACAGAAAGCAACACUGCUUCCUGACUCGAACUUUACACGAACCUCAACUCCAGAUCACUGAUGAUGUUGAGAGGCUAUGGAAGAUCGACAUCUUGCCAUACACCACAAAACAGGUGACUCGAUCCAAGCUAGACCAUUUUGCCUUCAAAACCCUUGAGGACAAAACCGUCAAAGUGACAGUAGAUAGUGAAAUCCACUUCGCCACUCCUCUUUUCAGAAUACCUGACAAGACUGUACUCAAAACAGGUAAAGAGUCUGUGUUAGAGAACAUGAGAAGAACUGAGAGAAGACUCAGCAAGCAUCCUGACAUAGCAUCCAUACACAAUGAGAAAAUCCAAGAACUUGUUGUCAAGGGAUAUGUCAAAUUGAUAAGUGAAGAAGAAGCAUCUUCAACACCAGAGUCCUGGUUUAUCCCACAUCACGUUAUCGCACAACAUGGUAAACACAGACUGGUAUUCAAUUGCUCAUACGAAUAUCAGAAACUUUCACUGAAUAAGCAGUUACUUCCAGGACCGACACUAGGUGCCUCCUUACUCGGGGUGUUUUUGAGAUUUCGCCAACAUAUCAUAGCUGUGUCAGGAGACAUCAAAGCUAUGUUUCAUCAGAUUCGACUGUUGCCUGAAGACAGAAACCUGCUUCGUUUCAUUUGGAGGGAAAUGGAUACAGAGAGGGAUGUCUCAAUAUAUGAAUGGCAAGUAUUACCAUUCGGUACAACUUGUUCACCAUGUUGUGCCACAUAUGCAAUUCAGAGACUGGGCACAGAAAACAAAGAGGAAUAUCCUGAUGUGCACCAAGCAGUUAAAGAUUCCUUCUAUGUUGACAACUGCUUGUCUGGAUUCCCUUCAGUUGAUAAGGCCAGGGAGUUCAUCAGUAGACUACGUCAUGUUAUGAAGUCUGGUGGAUUCAAUAUCCGACAGUGGAUAAGCAAUGAUCCUGACGUUGUUAAGGACUUGCCCAGUGAAGCCAGAUCUGAAACUUGUGAAUUGUGGCUCAUGCAAGGCAACACUGAACCACACGAAGGAACUCUUGGCCUUCAAUGGCAAUGUGAAAAGGAUCGUAUCACUUACAAGUACAGACCCAUUGCAUAUUCUACUCUGACACUGAAUGUAGUAUAUAGGAUACUAGCAAGUCAGUACGAUCCUCUUGGAUUCCUCACACCUUAUCUAGCAAGAGCCAAAGUCAUCGUUCAGCAACUGUGGCAACACAAACCUCAGUGGGGAGAACCACUUCCAGAAUGUGAACUUCUCACAGAAUGGCAUCUGUGGGAAUCUGAACUGAAACUUAUGAACCAAGUCUCACUUCCAAGAUGCAUUGAUCCACCUGAACCAGUCAAUCAGAGACAGUUACAUAUUUUCUGUGAUGCAUCAGAAAAAGUAUAUGGUUCUGUCGCAUACCUCAAGUCAGAGACCAAUGAUGGAUCAUCUCAUGUCUCCUUUGUUGCAGCACGAAGCAGAGUAGCUCCUAAGAAAGCCCUCUCAAUGCCCCGCCUUGAACUGUUAGCUGCUCUAACAGGAGCCCAGCUUGCCAGCACACUCACCAGUGAAAUGACCAUUGACAUUCACAAAGUGAUCAUGUGGAGUGACUCAACAACUGUCCUAGCAUGGUUGACGUCCCAAUCAUGUCGCUACAAAGUGUUUGUGGGAACUCGAGUAGCAGAAAUUCAAACACUUACUGAAUAUCAUGACUGGAGAUAUAUCCCGUCAGAGGAAAACCCGGCUGAUGAUAUCACCAGAGGAAAGACACUGCAGGACUUGUGUGCAGAGACAAGAUGGAGAAAUGGCCCAGCAUUUCUAAACCUUUCAGAUACUGAAUGGCCUCUCAGUAAUGCAAAACCAAAACCUGAAACUGAUCCCUGUAGUGUUGAACUAAAGAAAGCCUUCUGCAGUCACAUCACAGUUCAACCCAAAGCUGAUACAUCUCUACAUCGAUCAUGGGAAAAACUCCUUGAUGCCACAAUCAAUACUAUCGAGGAUCCCGAUGGGGCGGCCUCCAUCAAUGUUACUGAUGUUGAGAAAGCUGAACUACAAUUGUAUCGCCAAGCUCAGGAAGAAUGCUUUCCAGAUGAAAUGAAAGCAUUAUCCAAAGGUCUGAGAAUAGCAUCUAACAGCAGGCUCUCGCAACUCAGUCCAGAAAAUAUGACUCUGACCUCCACCACUAUGGUGCUGAAAGACUACACGGUGAAAUCAGAAGAAAAUUCUGGAUUCUUCGAGGCCGUGAAGCUGUUAAAAAACAUCAGAGACAAUGCCAUGAUUGUCAGAAAGGGAGAGCAAAUCCAGUGA